ACUGUUCACGCAUAAAAAAACAACGAUCAUUAUUAUUAUUCAUUACUUGUACCCGUGUACCAUAGCCACGGUCCUUAAUCCUUAUCAUGAAUGAAUUUUAAUGUAGUGUUUAUGUAUUUAUAUAUUGCGUCAUUCAAUUUAUUUUCGAGACUUUGAUGUUAAAUGCCUAUUGCUGUACAAUUAUUGUCUGUUAUAGUACUAUGUUGAUUUAUAUAUACCAAAUUUAUAUUGGACACUAGUCUACACAAGGUGAUUAAAUUCAAAUAUAUAACAUGGCCCAAGUUGCAACUACUGUUGAAACUAUUACUAUCACUAGACCUUUAAAAGUGAUCGCUUUGAUAUGUGGACUAAUUGUAAUUGUUCUGAUGCUGUUGACAUUGACUUCCACUGAUUGGUUAUUAUCAGCCGGUUGGCGUCAAGGUUUAUUUUCUCAUUGCAUUGCGGUCAAUGCACCUACCCCAUUACCAUUUAAUGUACCUGAUAAUGGUCCAGAUUGUUAUCCAACACGUGAAGUUGGAUACAUAAGAGUAGCUGCAGCUCUCUGUAUAGUAACAUUGGUCACAGAUAUAGUGGCCACUCUUUUAACAGGACUUGGGUUGAGGAGCAAAGAUCAGCGAACUAAAUACAAGUUCUACAGAGUAGCCGUUUACGUUAUGUUACUUGCAUUGUUGUCCUUAUUGAUAGCGUUGAUUGUGUAUCCAGUAUGUUUUGCAGCUGAAUUAAAUUUAGGAAACCGUACUGUGUGGGAGUUUGGAUGGGCAUACGGCGUAGGAUGGGGCGCUGGAAUAUUUUUGUUUGGUGCUGUUGUAUUACUGUUAUGCAACAAAGAAUCUGAAGAAAUCUACUAUAAAGAACGUAAAGUGACUUCGUCCGCCUAGUGUGCGGCGCCCCUGCCUGACGUAGUACUUUAGUGACCUUCCUCCGUUGGUCAGACGACGGGCAGGGUGAUCUUAUUAU